AGCCACAGCUGUAACCGAUACAACAUGAUGAAGGAAUAAUAAAUGCAGUCGGAGGUUAACGCUCCGUCAACAUUUUUAAAACAAUAUCAAAUGUGUCCAGACCUCUGCAAUAGCUUUUUACGCACAUCAUCGUAACUAUUUGUUUCUUGUACUCCGUUCUUUCCUUUUAUUGAGGGAGCUGGCAGACAAUACCAUUUCCUGUGGGUAAAACAAAGCUAUUGCGACACGAUUGAUUUGCUCAUUCUUGUACAAGAAAAACGGACACUUAACACACUCUGCCAACCCGGAUGUCCUAGCUGUGUCUGAAUCCUGGCUUAGGAAGACCACCAAAAACUCUGAAAUCUCCAUCCCUAACUACAACAUUUUCAGACAAGAUAGAACGGCCAAAGGGGGCGGUGUUGCAAUCUACUGCAGAGAUAGCCUGCAGAGUUCUGUCCUACGAUCCAGGUAUCAACUCGUCUGUGUGUGUUUUUUUUUUACAAACCCAGUAUUCCUGAACACAUCACAGAGGGACAAUGAGUGAGCUGGAACAGUUACGGCAGGAAGCAGAGCAACUACGCAAUCAAAUCCGGGAUGCUAGGAAAGCCUGUAGUGACUCCACUCUUUCACAGAUCACAGCUGGUCUGGACUCAGUGGGCCGGAUACAGAUGAGGACGCGGCGUACUCUCAGGGGCCACCUCGCCAAGAUCUAUGCAAUGCACUGGGGCACCGACUCCAGGUUACUUGUAAGCGCCUCCCAAGAUGGCAAAUUAAUCAUUUGGGACAGUUACACAACUAACAAGAUGCAUGCCAUCCCGCUGCGCUCCUCCUGGGUGAUGACCUGUGCCUACGCGCCCUCUGGGAACUACGUGGCGUGCGGAGGCCUGGACAACAUCUGUUCUAUCUACAGCCUGAAGACCCGUGAGGGAAAUGUGCGCGUCACCCGCGAGCUACCCGGACACACAGGCUAUUUGUCUUGCUGUCGUUUCCUGGAUGACAACCAGAUUGUCACUAGUUCCGGGGACACAACCUGUGCUUUAUGGGACAUCGAGACGGGUCAGAUGGCCACUAGCUUUACGGGCCACACUGGGGACGUGAUGAGCCUGUCCCUCAGUCCAGACUUCAAGACCUUUGUGUCGGGGGCCUGUGACGCCUCCUCCAAGCUGUGGGAUGUCCGGGACGGCAUGUGCAGGCAGUCCUUCACUGGCCACGUGUCCGACAUUAACGCUGUCUGCUUCUUCCCCAACGGCAACGCCUUCACCACGGGCUCGGACGACGCCACCUGCCGCCUGUUCGACCUGCGCGCCGACCAAGAGCUGAUGAUAUACUCGCACGACAACAUCAUCUGCGGCAUCACCUCAGUGGCCUUCUCCAAGAGUGGCCGUCUGCUGCUGGCCGGCUACGACGACUUCAACUGCAACGUGUGGGACACCCUCAAGGCCGAGCGUGCAGGUGUCCUGGCCGGUCACGACAACAGGGUGAGCUGUUUAGGCGUGACAGACGACGGCAUGGCUGUAGCCACGGGCUCAUGGGACAGUUUCCUCAGAAUCUGGAAUUAAACCCUCCAGCUCACGUCCUCCCCCCCCACCAUCCCACCCACCCAUACUACUGGGCUGGACUUGAGGGUGAACACUGUCUCCCACCACCACCUUCCACCCGUCCAAUCCACAGCCGGCACCGCUGGGAGAAAGUAAUAACUCUUUCUACCUUUUCCAGGUGACAUUUUUUUUUGCCCACCAAUUAAAACCACAGAGCUUUCAGUACCCACCGUUAGAAUGGCCAAUCAAAAAACACAAAAAUUCCGAAACGGGAUGAAGAGAAAAAAAAGCGAGAAAAACCCCCCAAACCCUCGCAACCCCUCUUGUUUUUGGACAGGGGGGGCACUAGAGCGCAUGUUACCGUGGUUACCGCCAAAUUAGAGGACAGUCCGUGUGUAAUAUGUAUAUAUAAAUACAGUAUAUAUGCAUAGCAUUAUGUGUGUGUAUAUAUAUAUGCAUAUAUAAUGUGUAUGUAUAUAUUUUUGUAGUUUUUAUCCCACCCUUUUUUGUUUAAUUUGCCUUAAAUUGUUUAAUGUAUAUAAUAUUCACAGUACUAGACGAUAACACAAUUCUGAUUUUGUCACUUGCCUCAUGUACAACAUAAUGGACAUUUCUGUGUGUGUGUGCACGUGUGAUGGUCUACCCGGCAAAGGCAUGCACACAUGUACUGUAACUAAAAUACUGUAUAUUCAUGUUGAUGAUAGGUAACGAUAUGAGUUAUGAACUGGUGGCAUUCCUCUCAACAAACAUGUUGUUUUUUUGGAACACAACUGUUGUGGUCGUUUUGUAGAGACGGACUAAUAAGGUUAGUUUUUUUUUUAGUCAUGCCGCAGUUUUAGCCAAAUCCCUUUUUCUAGAAACUAGUUCAACUGGGCUGUGAUACACAGCCACUGUAGUUAUUGGAGGCACAGUCUCUCUGCAGUCUAACAAACUCAAAACAGCGUGAAACUACAGCCUCGAGCCCUUACAAACGGGGUCUUGAGCUAAGUUCAAAACCGCGAUUGUAUGGCAAAUAGUAUUACAUCACGCCCAUGCCUUGCAAAUCAACAAUAGUGUGAUAUGUAAUACAUAUGUUGCGAUCAAUUACUAAUAGAGGCUUUACUGCAUAUACCCCAAAGGCCAAAGCCUUUACAUUUAACCAUUUAUUUAACUAGGCAAGUCAGUUAAGAACAAUUUCUUAUUUACAAUGGCAGCCUCCAUCUGACCACUGAGGAUAGGGAAAUCUAGGGCCCAAUGGUAUCAAACGUAGGGCUCCAAACUGACAGGGGAGGGUUCCAAGGAAUGUGAUCAUGGGGCUACUGUGAGCUAGCUCAGGCCUAUAUCAUAGGACUAAAGAAGUACAGAGAAUUGGAAAUGCUUGCAGUCUAUACCGUCUCUACCAGAGGCUGGUCAGUCGACGCAUUAAGAUGUGAAAAAAAUGACUGCUCAAUGAGCUGUGAGUAAAUCCUGUCAUUCCUUCCCUGAGUGGACUCGAGGGAAGAUGCCUUUAAUAGCUUCUUGCUAUGUCAUCUUCAAUUUUAUUUGAGAAAUUCUUGAUAAAUCAUCAACAGGGUGGUUUAGUUGAGUGAGUAACGUUAACGCUGUUGGUUUAAAAAAUCUUGUCACUAAAAAUCACCAGUGCCACCAUAAGCCUGUAAUGUUAUUAUAAAAACAAUGUUGGUCCUUAUUUAACACUUUUUUUUUUUUUUUCUCACCAAAACAAAUGUUAUCAACAGUUUUAAGUAUUGCUGGAGAAGAAAGUUAACUUGGUAGAGGGCUAGAUUAUGCCCCUCAAAUGUAAGCAAAGAACACAUGCAACAUACUUCCCAACAGCAGGGAGGAGGUACAGGUAACUGCCAAAAGGAUGUAAAUGAGGGAUACAACGUGUAUUGAAAGCAGGUGCUUCCACACAGGUGUGGAUCCUGAGUUAAGAAAUUAACACCCCAUCAUGCUUAGGGUCAUGUAUUAAAAUGCUGGGCAGGUCAUUAUUUUGGCUACCAUGGCUAUGCCCCCAUAGGAUGACAAUGCCCCCAUCCACAGGGCACGAGUGGUCACUGAAUGGUUUGAUGAGAAUGAAAACAAUGUAAGUCAUAUUCCAUGGCCUUCUCAGUCACCAGAUCUCAACGCAAUUGAAUACUUGUGGGAGAUUCUGGAGCGGUGCCUGAGAGCGUUUUCCAUCAACAAAACACCAAAUGCUGUAAUUUCUCUUGGAAGAAUUGUCGCAUCCCUCCAAUAGAGUUCCAGACACUUGUAGAAUCUCUGUCAAAGUGCAUUGAAGCUGUUCUGACAGCUCAUGGUGGCCCAACACCUUAACACACUUUAUGUUGAUGUAUUCUUUAUUUUGGCAGUUGCCUGUGUCUGUCACAAGACUUUUGUUAGUUUGUGCAUCAGUCAUCUUCCGUUUUCCUCACAAGAAAACUUUGGUUUGGAGGCAACACUUGAAUAAGGGUGCCUAUUUCUUUAGUUAUACACCCUAACUUCCUAAACAACUAUAUAUAUAUUAGUACAUGGAUUGGAUCCAUGUGGUUCGUAUUAGAAGGAUCUAUGGCUUGAGAUCAUUCUGCCAAUCUCAUUGCCAACAUUGACCGGAACUGGCCAGAAACUCACUUUUUCCAACAUUUCAGUUGACCUCAAUCACCCAGUUGCCUAAUGAGGCACCACUAUUUCAGUGGGCCCCAAGAGAACGUUAGAAGAUAAUUGUCUCGUUUAGAAAAAUUGGCACUGGGUAAAGAAUAAGGCAGGCUUUAACCUGCUAUAACAGUCAAAUGAUUUGCUGAAAUCAAGCAAUUGUGAAGCACAGAACCACAUCAGUACUAUAGUAAACACUAAAAGCCAAGCAGAUGACCACAACCGCAUGCAGUUCUCAAAAGUGUUGUAUAUUAUUUUAUACAAUUCUGAUUUCUACCAUACAAUGUUGUAUUUAUUGAUUACAAAGAGCACCCUGUGAUCAUAUAGUGAUUAUUUUUUAUUUUUUAUAUACGUUUAUUUAGUUGUAUGUUUUUAGCUGCUUUACCUGGCUUUGCAUUAAUUGGAUAAAUGUUAAAGAAAUGGCUGGUGGUUUAUUAAGCCCCAAAAACACAUCUUGGAGGUGACUUUGAUGGAAAAGUAUUCCAUAUCAGUGUUGAAGUUCUCACUGAUUCGUGUGGGUAACAUACAUGCCGGGUGUGUUAGCUUUCACAUUUGUGCCAAUGUCAUUUGCUGACCCACAGCUGUGAACUGAAAACAUGUCAUCAUUGACAAUUGACUGUUUCUCUUCGCUUGCUUACAGAAAGUGGCAGCUUUUUUUUUUUUUCUCUCCCCUAAAUCUGAAUCAAAUCAGUGUCAUUUUAUUACGCUUGGCCUGUAACAAGGUCCUCUGUUGCCCAAGUGCCCAAUAAAAGAGAAGUGCCCAGAACAUAUGGACAUUCCUUCAAUGUUAUUAAAACACUUUGUUUUCCCCAAAUUAAAUUAAUCUCAUUGUGAAUGAUGAGGAUCCAAUGAGAAAUGUGUCCCUUUUUAAGACAGGAAAGACAUAACAAAAUGGCAGGAUGAAGUUUGGUCUUUUUUUUUUUUUCACCAACAUGGCUGCCAGUGAAACAAUCCCCAACUCCUGAAAGCAAGGUUGUGUUGAUUCCUCAGCUCAUACAUCACCUGGGACAACAGAGCACCUUUGCUAUUCAUGACCAAAAAAGGAUGCCCUAUAACACUGAUAAUUGAGGCUUGACCACAGCACCCUAUAAGAUGCACCGAUAUUAACGAUUUUAACCUGAAAUAGUGACCGCAUUGAAAUGUGCCUGUGCAGUCCCACUGAUCAUGUUGGUUAGCUGGGACCAAUGGUUUCUAGGCUUCAGUAGUCGAAGGUGCUCCACCUCCCUGUAUUUGACCAUGUCAUUGUAUUUCUUUACGGUCUUCUAUAGUUGUAUUCAUCAUAUGAAAUGACUAUUUGGUAAGAGCAGCCAUGACAACGAGUAUCCUACCUGAUGGGAUGCUGAGCCUCAGGCUGCAACGAACAGUGUGUGUGAUGUUUUUUUUAAGUCUCCUUGACAUAUAUAUUCAGUCAUUAAAAAGCCUGAGAGUGUACUUGCCUGGAUUUCCAGGUCUAAGCAAAAGUAAGGAAGCAGCAUGUGUUCUGUUGACUUGUGGACAGUCUUGCCUUGGGGAUUGAGGUAGAAUAUUAUCAAAGCAGUAUUUUUAGAGGUGCGCCUUUUACGUCUUCAGAGUUUGGACAAAGUUCUGAAAACGGAGGCGCGUGUAUAGAGAAAAACAAACAGACGUUGAUAAUAAGCAUUACAUUUAGUGAUCACCACAAACACAAAGGAAUGCACUGCCUUUUGGCUGUUGGAUCUAUUGGGACAGUCUUAAUAGAUAUAUCUUUAUUUAUUUGUUUGUGUUUUAAGCCAGUGAAACCCAGGGACUUGGUGCCAUGAUGAAUCUGACAGUGCUAUUGUGUGACAUUAUAAUCACUUGUUAUGGAAUAAGUUUUUUAUAUAGUCUUUCACACCAGAUUUUUUUUUUUUGUAUUUGUACAGUGGCUUGGUGAUACUGAUGGGUUGCCAGGAGUUGAUAUUGUAACCAAUAAAAAAAGCUUUUCACAAGGA